GUUCGCAGGCUGGACUCGGAGGACGGCGAUGGCGCCUGGUGCCCCGAGAUCCCGGUGGAGCCCGACGACCUGAAGGAGUUCCUGCAGAUCGACCUGCGCGCCCUGCACUUCAUCACACUGGUGGGCACCCAGGGGCGCCACGCCGGGGGCCACGGCACCGCGUUUGACCCCAUGUAUAAGAUAAACUACGGGGGCACUGUCAUCUACCUGAAUGACUCGGUGUAUGAUGGGGCAUUUGGGUACAGCAUGACGGAGGGCCUGGGCCAGCUGACGGACGGGGUGUCGGGGCUGGACGACUUCACGCAGACGCACGAGUACCACGUCUGGCCGGGCUACGACUACGUGGGCUGGCGCAAUGAGAGCACCACUGGUGGCUACGUGGAGAUCACCUUCGAGUUCGACCGCAUCAGGAACUUCACCGCCAUGAAGGUCCACUGCAACAACAUGUUCGCCAAAGGGGUGAAGAUCUUCAAGGAGGUGCAGUGCUACUUCCGUGCUGACGCCAGCGAGUGGGAGCCCAGCGCCGUCUCCUCAGUGCUGGUGCUGGAUGACGUGAACCCCAGCGCCCGCUUCGUCACCGUGCCCCUGCUCCACCGCAUGGCCAGCGCCAUCAAGUGCCAGUACUACUUUGCCGAUGCCUGGAUGAUGUUCAGCGAGAUCACCUUCCAGUCGGAUGCUGCCAUGUACAACAACUCAGUGGCCCCCCCGGAGGUGCCUGUGGUCCCCACCACUUAUGACCCCACACUCAAGGUAGACGACAGCAAUACGCGCAUCCUGAUCGGGUGCCUGGUGGCAAUCAUCUUCAUCCUGGUGGCCAUCAUCAUCAUCAUACUGUGGCGGCAGUUCUGGCAGAAGAUGCUGGAGAAGGCAUCACGGAGGAUGCUGGAUGAUGAAAUGACCGUCAGCCUCUCCCUGCCCAGCGAAUCCAGCAUGUUCAACCACAACCACUCCUCCUCCUCCAGUGAGCAGGAGUCCAGCUCUACCUACGACCACAUAUUCCCCCUGGGACCUGACUACCAGGAGCCCUCCCGCCUGAUCCGCAAGCUGCCUGAGUUCACCCCAGGGGAGGAGGACACGGGCUGCAGCGGCCCCGUGAAGCUGUCGCAGGCCAGUGUCCCUGAGGGUGUCCCCCACUACGCCGAGGCUGACAUCGUGAACCUGCAGGGCGUGACGGGGAGCAACACCUACUCGGUGCCAGCCCUCACCAUGGACCUGCUCUCGGGCAAGGACGUCGCCGUCGAGGAGUUCCCCAGGAAGCUGCUGACCUUCAAGGAGAAGCUGGGGGAAGGCCAGUUUGGGGAGGUUCACCUCUGUGAAGUGGAGGGCAUGGAGAAGUUCACGGGCAAGGACUUUGCCCUGGAGGGCUUGGACGCCAGCUCCAACUGCCCCGUGCUGGUGGCUGUGAAGAUGCUGCGAGCAGAUGCCAACAAGAAUGCCAGGAAUGAUUUUCUGAAGGAAAUCAAGAUCAUGUCGCGACUGAAGGACCCCAACAUCAUCCGGCUGCUGGCGGUGUGCAUCGCGGAUGACCCGCUGUGCAUGAUCACCGAGUACAUGGAGAACGGAGACCUCAACCAGUUCCUGUCCCGCCAGCAGACAGGCAGCCCCCCCGACGGUCAUGCGCCCACCGUCAGCUACAGCGACCUGCGCUUCAUGGCCACCCAGAUCGCCUCUGGCAUGAAGUACCUCUCCUCCCUCAACUUUGUGCACCGAGACCUGGCCACGCGCAACUGCCUGGUGGGGAAGCAGUACACCAUCAAGAUAGCCGACUUCGGCAUGAGCAGGAAUCUCUACAGCGGGGACUACUACCGCAUCCAGGGGCGGGCAGUGCUCCCCAUCCGCUGGAUGUCCUGGGAGAGCAUCCUGCUGGGCAAGUUCACAACGGCCAGUGAUGUGUGGGCAUUCGGUGUGACAUUGUGGGAGACCUUCACGCUCUGCCGGGAGCAGCCCUACUCUCAGCUAUCUGAUGAGCAGGUCAUCGAAAACACCGGCGAGUUUUUCCGGGACCAGGGCCGGCAGACCUACCUUCCCCAGCCUGCACUUUGCCCUGACUCAGUCUAUAAGCUAAUGCUCAGCUGCUGGAGACGGGACACUAAAGAUCGUCCCUCCUUCCAGGACAUCCAUCGCCUCCUCCAGGAGUCAGCCAGUGAAGAAUGACCCUUUGCUCCCCCCCAUCCCAGUCCCUAUCCCUCCCCAUCCCCAAAGGAGCCUCAUACGCAAGCCGAAGCCACUUCACUCGGACUUAGCAAUAAAACCCAGGCAGCUGGUCUUGUUCUCAUUGUACAGUGAAGCUUCAGAGGAAAACCCCAAGGGCAGCAAGGAGAACCACGGCGUGGGAUGACUCGGACCUCCCGCUCGCUUGCUGACCCAAGCCCAGGAGCCAUGUGGGCUGAGACAAGGGUUAUUUAUUGGCGCAGCGUGUU